AGAACAUCUGUUUCAAUGUUCUCCUAUCGCAAUCAUCUUGUGCCAUUUAUCGGUUAUCGCCGCUAUUUUGGCCAAAACAAAAACGUAAAUUUUCGCAACAUGUGCGAGGUGGCUUCUCCGGCGGAUCAACGAAAUGUGGAGGUGAAGGCACGGAUUCCGGGCGGAGCAGAGGGCUUCGAGAAACGCCUGAUCCUGGCCAGAAAGCUAAGCGGCGGCCAGGAUGCCCAGUUAAUCGAGCAGCGCGACGUGUUCUUCGAAUCUCCGCUGGGCGGUCGCCUUAAAUUGCGCUACUUACCGGCUCCAUCGCGCUCCCAAUUGGUCUACUACGAUCGUCCGGAUGUCGCCGGUCCCAAGCUCUCCAAGUUCAACAAGACGGAGGUGGACGAACCGGAGGUUCUGGAGAAGAUCCUGCGCCAGUCAAACGGUGCCCUUGGUGUCCUGGCCAAACGGCGUCACCUGUUCCUGCACGGCCAGACGCGCAUCCAUUUGGACGAGGUGCAAGAUCUGGGGCACUUCAUGGAGCUGGAGGUGUGCCUGCGGCCGGAGCAAACGCUGCAGCAGGGACAGACCAUCGCCGAGGAGCUAUCCAAGGAGUUGGGAAUCCAGGAGGAGGACCUCAUGACCGGAUCCUAUUUCGAUGCCCUGCGGAAGGGAAAAUAAAUGUUCAGCAUUUACUGAUAAUUAAGAGAAAACCAUAGUUGUUAUAUCUUUAAAUGGCCUUUCCCUAUUUGGGUAUUUCAAAUUUGGUAAAAUAUAUGCUUUUAAAACUAAAAA